AUAUUCUAAUCUGGAAGAGGGAAUACAACAAACACACAAACCAGUGGGCCACUAGUCUCUAGGGGCGAGUGACAUACAGCAGUGUUUGUAGUGUCCAGAUUGUGGUCUGAGAUCUGUCUCCCCACAAAAGAAAUGGGCUUCUUGGAGAAGUGGCUAAAAAAAAAAAAUACAUGUGUGUGUGAAAUGGGCCUGAAAUGUCAUGUCACAGCAGAGAGCAAAGAAGCUUUCCCAGACUCCUGGGACUGUGACAGACUGACUCAGGACCCCACCGGAAGAGACCCCCGUGUGAGGUGUGGAGUUCCAGCUCUGUCCCACAGGCAGAGAUUCACAUCACCCCGGCUCCUGGAAACAUUGAGUCACAUCCGCACUUGUUACAGAAAGUGCCCUGGGUGCAGGAAUGGAUUCCUUCUCCGGAGGUGCCCAUGGUAACUGGUGUGCAGGCAAGUGAAGAUCCAGUCUCUCCCUCAAUGUAGGACAAGUUGGAAGGGACGCUUGUGGGACCCUCUGGGACCUCAGUGCCACUGCUUUGUGGCUCAGCUCCUCCCUCGCACACAGUGCCCUCUCCAAAUCGGAGUCCUGGGAACCCCACUAAGACACUGCCUGGCAAGAGCUGGGACAACCCCGGCUUCAGGAAGCGUCUCAGUGAUGUGCUGUGCAGCAAGUCACCCAAGGUCAGGGCCAAAAUCAACCCAGGCUGUUGUGCUUGAGCCGCCUUACUUCUUACUCCAGGAUUCUUAUUUGCAAAUCCACUGCCUGGCUGAAAUUUCUUUUAAUCUCUAGUCAGUAGAGUGCUUUUGUGGUCAUUUGUGGACAUGCCCAGGGCAGGAGAAAAUUUAAAUUCUUUGUUCCUAGUGAGCUUGAGCCAUGAGGUGUUUUGUUUGCCUUUCUCAACUCAUAUCACGAACAAGUGUCUUUUUCUGUCAUUUCCUGCAUAGCAGUUUUUACAUUUUUGUACUUUCUGGGUCCUUCCCUGGUUAGAAGGCUCCCAAGCAUCCUGCUGUAAUGCUGCUUAGUAUUGCUAGGCACCAAAAGGCUGGGAUGUAUCUCAUGCAGGAAGUAGGUGUGUUAGGUCAGGUUUGCUCAGGUUUGUGUAUGGUGAUGUGAGCCACGAGUGCAAUGAAUCAAGAGGUUGCGCUCAAUGAGGAAAGCACACAGAGCACGGUCCUGUGUUGAUUGGUGAGAAUGUCGAUAGCAGACGCUCACAGGCACCGCGCUGUGUUUCCCCUAGGAGCAGUGGCUCCAUUACGUGCAAGGUUGGCGCUUGUGAUGCGUUUGUAAAACAUAACUCCUGUGCUGGAGAGAUUCAUCUGUUUUUCUCACCAUUUUGUUGGUUAUUUGGGCGGCUCUGAUGGUUUGGUCUGAGCUCAUUCCCAUGGCUGCAUUCAGCCGGUAGCUGUUCCAGUGCCAUGGUGAACCACGAAGGCCUUGCUCACCUGUGAGUGGUGAUGUGGGAGUAUUGUUAGGGGUGCCUCAGUUUCCUCGAAGGGCCUCUGAGUCUGCAGUGGGCUAGAGCUGGUGGACUCCGGUCUCAGGUGGUCCAAGGGCGUGGAAACAGAAGCGACAGUGCCUCUUACCGCGGAGUUCGGAGUUUGUACCACCUUCCUUCUGCCACAUUGUGAGGACAAGUCACAAGGCCAGCUCCUAUUUCCCGAGGGUGGGAAUGGAGAUGCAAAAUAUUGUGGUCAGAUUUUCUAAUAUACCAUAGUAAGUGAAUAAUUGCCGUGCAUUGAAACAUAUUAAAAUGCGUGAUCUUUAUAAAACAUUUUCUAGUGUAUCAGGGAGAGAAGUGAUAGAAUUAUGGGGUCACUAUUUUCAGUUCCCAGUGAAUUUGUGGAUCUAGGCCAACAUGAUCAAAAAAACCAGCAACUCCCUCAUAUGAAAACAUCCAGGCAUCGCUGAGUCCCUACUUCAAGUGAAAGACCCAGAAGCAGUUCCAGACUCCUGACCUCAGCCUAUGUCAGACCUGGCUGUCGCGGGCAUUUGUGCAGUCAUCCAGCAGAUAGAAAACCUCUCUCUGCCUUUCUAAUAAAAUGAAUGUAAAUACGUAAAAAUGUAGAAAGAAUAUGCUAAAUACAAAACGGUGUGCAGGACUGAAGUGUCCAUUCCUGAGAAGUGGUUUUGUGUGAUAACACCACAAAGACACACAAGCAAGUAACUGUAUAAAUGUGAUAUUGAUGAUUUCACUUGAGGAUACAGAGGCUUGUGGAUAGAAUGAUUUCCAUUUCUUGGCACAAGAAUUGUCUCUUUAUAAUGUUUAAGGUAUAAAUUUGUUUUAUGUGGAUUUAUGCAUCAGUUUUAUUUUACCAGAAAAAAAAAGUAGAACUAUUAAUGAAAUUGGUGUGUGAGGCUUCCUGGGGGCGGGGUAAUCUUUUCACUGAAGCGCAUGAGAUUAAUCACGUAUUCGGAGUCCCAUCCUUUACAGCUGGUUAUGGAAUUCUGGGGAAGCAGCUUUCCCAUGACCCUUGACCCCGCGUUCCCUCCAACGCGAGCGCAAGGGCGCGCGCCGCCGCUAGGGGGCGCAAAGGAGGCUGUGGCGGUGCCCAUGGCGUCCCUAGAGGGUCCCCGCGGGGGCUUCUUCCUGGGCCUCCUGCUGUGGCUCCAGCUGGCUCAGCCCAUGCUCAGUGAGGCCGUAGGUGUGGGUUACCAAGCCAAGGAGGAAUCUGGGGUGACCGUGCCAAGCCCAGAGCCCCUGGCACCCCCUGGACACCCAAAAUCCCUCAGGAUCUUGGAAGGCACUGCAGCUCUGGGGUCUCCAGCGCCGGCAGGGCCUGCGGGACCCCGGGUCAGGUCAGCACCCACAGGGCGACAGGACUUGGAGCAGGCUGGGACCUCUCUGCCUGAGGAGCUGUUUCCUCGAGCGUGCGGCAAUAGAACCAUGAAGAUAGUGGGUGGAUCACCGGCUCCAGAGAGGAGGUGGCCCUGGCAGGUGAGCUUGCGGAUUGGAUACAACCACUUCUGCGGCGGCUCCCUCAUCACCAGCAGGUGGGUGCUGAGUGCGGCCCACUGCAUAUUAAGAUACGCAGACUACAUGGUGCAGCUGGGAGACCGAAUGCUGGACGGUUCUUCAGAACAGGCACUCAUGGUCCCUGUUCAAAAAAUCAUCAUCCAUAAAGAUUUCGAAGCUGCAUCUCUGACUCAUGACUUAGCCCUUCUUCGGCUGGCCUACUCUGUGAAUUUCUCUUCAUACAUCCAGCCCGUGUGCCUCCCUGGAAAAUCUCUGACAGUGAAAGCUGGGACGCUGUGCUGGGUCACGGGAUGGGGCCAGCUGUCAGAGAACGGGAGUUCACAGAUGGCAGUUGAACUUCAGGAAUCUCAACUAAGAAUUAUUCACUUCAAUCAAUGUAACGGGAUGCUCCAGAACAAGUUGUCAACUAGCACUAAUUUGGUCAAAUUGGGGUCUAUCUGUGGCUACAGUGCCCAGGGAAAGGAUGCCUGCCAGGGAGAUUCUGGGGGGCCCUUGGUCUGUGAGUAUAAUGAAACAUGGAUCCAAGUGGGGGUUGUGAGCUGGGGCAUUGGCUGCGGUCGCCAAGGCUAUCCUGGAGUCUACACAGAAGUUGGAUACCACAGGGACUGGAUUUUUAGGCACCUGAGUCUGGCUACCUGUCUGGACUCAGCUACCUUCCUCAUUUUAAGCCUGUGUCUGGUGCUGUCCCUGCAUAUCCUGGGGACCUCGUGAUCGUCACGGCCUACUCUUCUCCUAUUUCUGAGACUCACACUAAACUUCUCACCCAGUCUGCUCUUCUAUUUCAAUAUCCUUUCCUCAAAAUCUAGUUGGCAUUGAUUGAUCUUGAAGAGGUCCACGCACUAGACCAUGGCAAGGAGACUGGGGCCUACAAAAUAUCUGGCUUAGUGUCCUGGUCACCAGCUGUCUUGGCCAACCCUACUCGUGGGCUGCAUUUACUUGGGAAAGAGGGGGUAAACUAAGCCCAUCUAGAAGACAGCCACGCUGCCAGGUGGAGCAAGAUGGCUGCCGGCAUCUUAGUAUCUACCAAAGAAGAGAUAGCAUCGACAGUGAAGCAAGCCCUAGACAUGCCUCUGAUUUCAGGGCUCUGGCCUGAGAUUUUUGUCAAACUAGUUAGCGUGGUGAUUGCUCAGAGGGCAUGAAGGAGCAUAGCCAGGCCCCUGCAGAGCUGCAAGGCCCUGGCUUCCACUUCUGGCUCAGUUGCCUGCAGCUGGAGAAGGUUCCCUGUACCCCAGUGAGGGUCACCUGUGGCCUCAACCACACAGCCCUCUCUGAGCAACCCAGUCCCUCUUAUUCAAUACCUCAUUGGCUGCAUUCAGGAACCCCCUACAUUGUGUUGAGGGAUUACGGAGUGUGGAGGCUUCAGAUGUCAACUGAAUAAAUGUUUGGAGAGUGUCUCCCGUGUGCUUCUGAGCUCUGCUCCCCUGUGCGGUUUGG